CUCGCACUCGCUAAGGACCCGCGGGAGGCUCCCGGGCGUUUCGUGCCCGCAGGUCCCGCCGGCGCGGAAGGGGCGGGGCGGUGCGCGCCGGGGCGGGCGCUGUGUCGGAAGUGCGCGGGCGCUCGGAGCGGCCCGGCCCGGCUCGGCCGCGCUGCGUUAAAACAUAAACAUGAAGAAAUUAAAGCUUAAAGAACUGGAAAGCUCUCUUCAACAAGUUGAUACUUUUGAAAGUCCAAAACUACUCCUUGAACAGUAUCCAACAAGACCUCAUAUUGCAGCAUGUAUGCUUUAUACAAUUCACAAUACUUUUGAUGAUAUUGAAAACAAAACAAUUGCAGAUUUAGGAUGCGGUUGCGGCAUGCUCAGCAUUGGAAGUGCAAUGUUAGGAGCAGGAUUCUGUGUGGGGCUUGACAUAGAUGCAGAUGCACUGGAAAUAUUUAAUAGCAAUAUUGAAGACUUUGAGCUCACGAAUGUCAACAUGGUUCAGUGUGACAUCUGUUCUUUAUCUGACAGCAUGUCAGAUACUUUUGACACAGUUAUUAUGAACCCUCCUUUUGGUACCAAGCAUAACAAAGGAAUUGACAUGAUUUUUCUGAAAACUGCUCUACAAAUGGCAAAAACAGCUGUAUAUUCCCUUCACAAAACUUCAACACGACAGCAUAUCCAAAAGAAAGCAGCAGAAUGGGAAGUGAAGAUGGAAGUCUUAGCAGGUUUGUUCCUGGACUAGAUUUUGUCUUCAAGCAGAAGCUACCUCUCUUCCUGCUUCAAAGGGCAUGUUGCUGAAAAAGUAGAGCAAAGCACAGGUCAGUUUUCACACACAAAAAAAUCAUCCUGCUCUUAGCCACAUAAAUAUUUUUGCCAGUUAAAGUGUCUUCCCAGUUCUUCUGAUAACCAGAUGGUUUUUAGUCAUAUAACUUGAGAUGUGAAGUUGCACAAGUGCUUGAAACACAACUGCCAUCCACUUAACUGUCUGAUGUGGACAGCUUCAAUGUUUAGUCAUGAUGUAGUGCAGAGAUAAAAGAGAUAUGGCAAAACAGCAGAUAUUAGAAACAGAAGUCCAUGGCUGUAGGACUUAAAUGGCUGA